GAGCGCUCAAGUCGACCGCGUUUGUCCUCCAGUUCUCCGCUCUCACAAUCUCUCCAGGACCAAGAAAUAAACCACACACACACUCUCUCUCUCAUUCACGGGUCCUCCAUGUCAGAGCACUGGGAAUAAAGCUUCAUUCACGUUUGGACUCAAAGUCUUGUAAUUACUCGUUUUUUAAUAGUUCUUCUCUCUGAGGUCAAAGGUGUUUCAAUAUGAUGUCCAUGUAUGUUCUCCUGCGCGCUGCUUUUGGAUUAUUCAGCGUCGGUCUCGUCGCCUUUGUCCAGCUGCGAGCCGCCGCUUCUGCCAGCAGAAACCCGCAAGCAGAUGUGGACGAGUGUGCCGAAGCCUUGGACAGCUGCAGUAUCGAUGCUAUCUGCCAGAACACCCUUAAGUCAUACAAAUGCAUCUGCAAAUCAGGAUACAAAGGCGAUGGGAAACAUUGCGAAGAUAUCGAUGAGUGUGCCAGUGAGUAUAAUGGAGGAUGCGUUCACGAGUGUAUCAACAUCCCUGGAAACUACAGGUGCACGUGCUACGAUGGCUUCCGCUUGGCCCACGAUGGACACAACUGCCUGGAUGUUGACGAGUGUGCGGAAGGAAACGGUGGUUGCCAGCAGAUCUGUGUGAAUAUGAUGGGGAGUUACGAAUGCCGGUGCAGAGAUGGAUUUCUCCUGUCUGACAACCAGCACACCUGCAUCCAGAGGCCAAAAGUGCGUUUUAAUGGAACUAAAGAUGUGCCCACAUGCAUGGAUAAAAACCAUGGCUGUGCCCACAUUUGCAGAGAGACGCCCAAAGGAAGCAUUGCCUGCGAGUGCAGACCUGGAUUCCAGCUCACCAAAAACAACAGAGACUGUAAAUUGACCUGUAACUACGGUAACGGAGGCUGUCAGCACAUCUGUGAGGAGAUGGACCAAGGGCCAAGAUGUUCAUGUCACAUGAAGUUUGCUCUUCACUCUGAUGGGAAGACCUGUGUAGAGGAAAGGAGUGUCCUACAGCAGCCACUGCAGCCACAGCUGUUACCCAAUGAGACGUGUGCAGUAAACAACGGAGGCUGCGACAGCACUUGUCAUGACGCCGUCGCUGGAGUUCGCUGUAGCUGUCCAGUCGGAUUCACCUUACUACCAGACCGCAAAACUUGCAAAGACAUUGAUGAAUGCCGUAUGAACAACGGAGGGUGUGACCAUGUGUGUAGAAACACAGUGGGCAGCUUUGAGUGCAGCUGCAAGAAAGGAUACAAACUUCUGACCAAUGAGAGGACAUGCCAAGAUAUCGAUGAGUGCUCUUUUGACCGGGCGUGUGACCACACAUGUGUGAAUUCACCUGGAAGUUUCCAGUGCUACUGUCACAAAGGCUACGUCCUUUACGGUGUGGCUCACUGUGGAGAUAUAGAUGAGUGCAGCAUUAAUCGGGGUGGCUGUAAAUUUGGAUGCCUGAACACGCUGGGCAGUUACGAGUGUACCUGUCCACCAGGCUACAAACUGCACUGGAAUAAGAAGGACUGUAUUGAGCUUGUGAAGUGUGCAUCUAAUCUUGUGGCCCCCAAAGCCACCCUCACCUGUAUUAAGAUGGGGAAAAAAGAAAGCUGCUCUCUCACCUGUGCGUCUAAAGCACAUUACCUGGCAGAAUCGGACAACAGCUAUUCCGUUAGUUGUGGAAUACCCAUCCUGCGCGGUAAAUCCCAGACCAGAUUAAACACAAGCAGCAUUCAGAGCUGCAUAGAGACUCAGGCCCCUCCAGUGAAGCAGACGGCAUCCUUCCGGAUCAAGAAUGCCAAAUGUAACCUGCAUCCAAAACAUAAGGGGAGGGCUGAGGACAACGGCAGACAGAUCGGGCCAGGCGGCCAACCAUGCAACAACUGCCUGGUCACGUUCGUUAACCUGAAGUGUGACUCAUCUAAGAAGGUCAAAGGUCGUCGAGCUCGUAACCCAUCAAGCAAAGAGGUCACGCGCAUCACUCUGGAGCUGGAAGCCGAGGUCAAGCCAGCGGACUCCACCGGGAACUGUAAUAUAAUGUGUCAGAGGCAGCGCAUGGAGCAGCAGAUGAAGUCGUACAUCAAAGCCCUGAAAAAAUCCAUUAACCAGGAGCGUUUCCUUAUACGUGUGGCCGGACUGGAGUAUGAGGUCGCGCAGAAGCUCCCCCAGGCUUCACUGAGGCAGGAGAACUGCGGACCGGGCCGAGAGAAAGACAGCGGCCGCUGUGUCAGAUGUUUGCCUGGGUCAUAUUACCAUGGUGAGCAGGAGCGCUGUGUCCAGUGCCCACCUGGAACAUUCCAGGAACGUGAAGGUCAGCUGGCCUGUGACCUUUGCCCUGGAGGAGACCGCCAUGGCCCACCAGGGGCCCGUAACAUCACAUCAUGUGCAGGUCAGUGUCCACCCGGGUAUUUCUCCAAUGAUGGGUUUAAGCCCUGUCAGCCAUGCCCCAUUGGCUCGUACCAGCCUGACCCAGGACGAACGCUCUGUUUCCCAUGCGGAGGAGGGCUCGGUACCAAAAGAGAGGGUGCCAGCUCCUUUAAUGACUGUGAGGUCAAAGUUUUGUGUUCUCCAGGUCAUUAUUAUAACACCUCAGUUCAUCGUUGUAUCCGUUGCCCUCAUGGAACCUACCAGGCUGAGUUCAGACAGAACUACUGCAUUUCCUGUCCUGGAAACACAACAACAGACUUUGAUGGGGCCAUCAGUGUCUCUCAGUGCAAAAAUAGAGAAUGUGGGGGUGAGAUCGGGGAGUUCAUCGGAUACAUCGAGUCACCCAACUAUCCAGGAAACUAUCCAGCCAAUGUUGAAUGUGUCUGGACCAUCAACCCUCCGCACAAACGCAAGAUUCUGAUUGUUGUCCCGGAGAUCUUCCUCCCAUCUGAGGAUGAGUGCGGAGACGUGCUAGUAAUGAGAAAGAACUGGUCAGUGACCUCUAUCACCACCUAUGAGACAUGUCAGACGUACGAGAGACCGAUCGCUUUCACUGCUCGAUCGCGACGCCUCUGGAUCAACUUCAAAUCCAACGAUGUAAACAGCGCUCGAGGGUUCCAGAUUCCCUACGUCACUUACGAUGAGGACUAUGAGCAGCUUGUCGAAGACAUUGUAAGAGAUGGAAGACUUUAUGCCUCUGAAAACCAUCAAGAAAUACUCAAGGAUAAAAAACUCAUUAAAACUCUAUUCGAUGUGCUUGCUCACCCGAACAAUUACUACAAGUACUCCACUCGGGACUCCACGGAGAUGCUCCCACGUUCCUUCAUACGUCUCAUCCACAGCAAAGUCUCUGCAUUCCUGCGUCCAUAUAAAUAGUCCAAAAUCCCACUCCACGUACCUUCAGUCCCCUGGCCUCGAGUUUACGGGAUCCUAAUCACAUUUAAAGGAAAUAUGAACACACUUUCAACCACACUUAAUGACAUCACACAAUGCAGAUUUCAAAUGUCUCACUUUAACUUUUUCUUCUUUGUUCUUGCUGGUUAUCUCUAAGCUGUGUUGUCUAAUGUAACACAGUUGUUUCGAAUCAAACUGCUGCUUGACUGAAGUGUUUCCUGCUUUGAGACCUCUCUAUACGUGUCGGUCACCACUCUAGGAUGUCAAUGUUUUUGUUCGGUAUGAAUGUUUGCACGCUUAGUAUGUAGAAGUGUCUUGUAGAUUUAAAAAUGUCUGGGUGAUCCUACACUCCAUUACGGACAAUGUGUGUUUAAAAACAUGUAUUUUUUUCACAAAGAUGAUCUGGGUUAGAGCGUCUGGUACAGUCAAAAGAAAGGUGUAGCAUGUAGAAGAAAUGAUAUAUUUGUUGAACUGGAGCUAGCUGUGACUGUGCAUUAAAAAUAGUAUUGUUUCCCAGGUUCCAGCUCUAAAAAACAAGUAAAAUUUUUGGUAUAUCUGUACUCUUAGUGUGCUCUCAGUAAGACCUAAUUCCUAUCAAGCAUUUCACAAUGUUAAGGCAUCAUAUUUGAGCUCCUAGAGCAAACACGUAAUCUCUAAUGAUCGUGCUGUUAAAACAGUAAUGUUUUGUCUGUUCAAAUUGUAUUAUAGUCAAUUGCAUAUUGGUCUAUUUCCUAAUAUUAAAGUUAAUUUAAAUAGGCGUAGAAGUUGUGCAUUAUGAAAAUAAGUUUGGGUGAUGGAAAGGUCGGUUGGUAUUUUAAAAACAGUGGACUGUAACACUCAGUUCUGAGAGAGAUCAAAACAGAAAUGUAUUUUUUGCAGGACAUGCAAUUGCUGCUGCUUCAAAAACGUCACUUUAAGCCUUUGGUUUUGCCUAACGCGAUUCAAGAAUUUCCUCCCAUUUGAAAAAGAGCAAUUAAGGAGCCAAACUCUUUCACAGGUUGGAAGUAAUGUUUUCAUAAUGCAGAUAUGACUUGCUGAUAAACGCAAACUACAGGUUGACAUGGAUGGAUUUGGGUCAAGAAAAAACCAACAUCGCUACACAUUUCAGUUCCGACCUGGAUGAAAGUGUUUCGAGUUGGUUUUGCACAUUACUUUGACCAUCCAGUGGACCAGAAAGAAGCGUUGUUUGGUUUACAGGUGUUGGGUUUCACUGGACCGCAGUCAUAUUUGCUUGUAAGUGCCUGAAGUACAAAAUUGUCAGGAUAAGCCUGUGGAUGUCAAACAUUUAUGAGUGUUUCCUGUAUUAAUUAUGAACCCAUUAGUAUUCGUUAUAAACAUGUUUAUAAGCCACAAACCAGAGUGCUGUCCCGUGUCCUAACCAGGUGAAACGAGAUAAAGUGACAAGCGCAAAAAUCUCUUCCGUGUUAACCAGCCGUCCACCAGUCACUUGGUUUCUAUUUUUGCUGCAUUGCACUUGGCCUUGCAUCUCAUUGGAACAAAAUCCUGCUCCGUGUAGCUGUAUGGUAAACAUCAGAUGUUUUCUGAUUGGCUUUGAUCGGCCUGUCACACAGCAGUUACACAAUCAGUGUUAACGGACAAAUUACUUGUCGCCAGAACUGGACUGGUAAUCUGGCAUACCGACGCACUUUGGGGCCGAUCAGGGGCGGACUGACCAUCGGGAGAACCGAGGGGUUCGGUGGGUCGGCAGCGAAAUGCAAAAAUGAGCUGCCACGUUAUGCAGAACGGACCACAAAGCGGCUCCGCGAUAUGCAGAAAAGGACAGCGAACACCCCCCCCUUGCUAUGUAGAAUCCCUGGCCGAUUUCUCUUCCCAGUCCAGCCCUGCUUGUCGCGGAAGGCUUGUCCCUUUUGCACCUUGUCAGGACAUGGUCUUACAGUAUGUAGCAAAGUCUAUGGCUUUGAGAAGGUCAAGCCAUACCCUGUUUUAAUAUGUAAACAUACUGUAUGUAAACAGAAAAGGACAGGUCACGAUGGGUUACCAUUGUUGUCUUUUUUGUAUGUUGUAAAUAUGAAAUAAAUGUAGACUAAUUGGAGUCUGAGAGAUAAGUCCAGACAGAAGACCUUGUGUUUAGAAAAUUUCCUCCGAACUAUUCACCCUUCCAAAGGUUGAUACGGUUCAGUUGUCAAAAAGAGGGUGGGUUCAAACUUUGAACAUUAAGGCCAGAAAUAUACUGUAUGAAGAUGCGCAAACACAAAGGCUUUGACAACCCAUUGCAAACACACAGACCCAUUCGACAUAGUUAACAUGUGCUUUUGCCAUACUGUUGCAGUAACACACUGUUACUAGUAGGGGGCCCUAGUUACAUUAAAAAACGACAGGAUGUUGAUUGAAAAGCUCCAACUUUUGACCCAAACUCUCGUCCAAAGACAAAAGUCCACCACCCCAAUGACAGUAUCCAACAAACACCUUGCUUUUUAAGUGCAGUGACUAAAAAAAUAUAUAUAUAUAUAUAUCAAACCAACUAAAAAGAUUGUGAUGUCUUUAUUUGAAAGGAAUGUUUAUAUGUACAUUUGUCAUCUAUUACAAGGCUCACUGAUAUAAAUGUUUAACUAAAUAUUGUAAUAAUGAAUAACUAAAAGAAAAAACAUCAACUUGGCUUAACCCAAGAACAAGAUGUAUAGGACUCUCAAUAUAGUCCCACAUGUAGAAAGUAAUCACUGUGCACCGUGUUAUGUGUUGCAACACUGUUGGAUAGAAAUCUCUGUAAAAUGAUGGGUCAUAUGUGAAAUAGCCACGAGUGCCGUGAAAUAAAAUGUUUAUGGCAAAGUAGUCAACAUAGUC